AUGGGUCUCAUUUCAUUAGUAUUCGAUUGUAUUGUCAUCUCCAGUGCCUGUGCUGGUGCAAGAAGAAUGACUGGUUUUAACGUGGGCCAAAAAGUAGUUGAUAUGGUAAAGAAUGAAAAAGCUCUUACAUUUACUAAAGGAUUUUUCAAUGUUGGUGAAUGGGUUGUAGAUAAAGGUGUAAAUUAUGCAAGAAGAAAGAUCAUUCAAAAUAAUUUAAACGAAUUUAAAGAAACUAUGAAACCAACCUCAACAAAUCUUCAACAACAUAAUACAUAUUCACACCAACAUCACCAAAAUAAUCAAUACAUGCCACCAAGCCAAAACCAAAACCAAAACCAAAACCAACAACAACAACCACCACAACAACAAAAUGAACAUAAUCAACAAUACAGAUUUUAA